AUGCAGGCCAAAAUUGCGGCCAGUACCAGGACGGUGGAUGAAGAUGUCAUGAUGGAAGUCCCUAGGGAUUUUCGACCCUUCUCGGAAGCCAUAGAAGCCGAGAUCAUCCCCAGGGACCAUCGGAUACCCCAAGUGGAACCUUUCAAUGGAACGCAGGAUCCCAGGCAGCACUUGACAGACUUCCGAGCCCAAAUGUUGAUCUGUGGAGGGAGCAUGGAAGUACGAUGCAAACUAUUUAUGGGAACACUCAAAAAGGCGGCACUCGAUUGGUUCAGUGGUCUCCCUGACCGGUCGAUCACCGACUUUGAUGUCUUCAGUCGGCUCUUUAUGGCCCAAUUUGCUGCUAAUAAGAAGAAGCCGCCAAUCACGUCGGACUUGUUCGAUCUCAAGCAGCGGCGAGAGGAGUCGUUGAAGGAUUUUUUGCAGAGAUUUAACGAAGUCGCCCUGAGGAUAGCGUCCUUGGAUGAGAGGAUGGCUGUUAUCGCGUUCCAGAAAGGCUUAAGGUCCGGGGCCUUCGACAUCGCGCUGGAGAGAGCGAAUUGUCAAACGAUGUCGGAGGUGAGGGCUUUCGCCUUGAGUCACAUCAAGACGGAGGAAGGACAAAUUAAUAAAAGAGCUGCCGAAAGCCGAGAAGAGGCAGGCAGAAGUAACAAGGAGAGCAGCAAACAUCUUCGACCACGUUCAGACUGGAAUAAACGACACGACCGCUAUAAUAUGAAAGAGGGCAAUUACCGAGGCUGA